ACGAAUAAAUGUGUGUGUCGAUAGCUUUCUCUCUUUUACUUAUAAUUUGUUUGCUUAAAUAACAUACUUAACAUUGGCGACGAGUUUACCCACACAUUUUAAUUCCAAAAUGAAUAAUUUUGGAAUUUUGUCCACGUUCGAUCACAAUGUGCAAGAAUGGAAGUCAUACAAAGGCCGAAUUACGCAAUGGUUUAUUGCAAAUGAUAUCGUCUCGAAAAAUGAUGCAGUUGGAGCCAAGAGACGGGCGAUCUUGCUCAGCGCACUAAGCGACGGUACUUAUAAGUUGGCGGCAGACUUGGCACUGCCGAAGGAUAUCCAAGAAGUACCGUAUGAUGAGUUAGUGCAAUUAUUGGAUGAGCAUUUUCUCCCAAAGAUAUGUGGAUUCAGCGAGCGUUACAAUUUUUAUGCGGCUGUGCAGCAGCCGGGUGAGUCGUACACGCAAUGGGCGUCCAGGCUGAGAGGACUUACAGCACAUUGUAAGUUUAGUAACGUCGAGGAAGCGUUACGAGAUCGAUUCGUCAUGGGCAUGGUAGCGGGACAUGAACGGGAGAAGCUGUUCGCGCAGGACAUCGACAAGCUGACCCUGGCCAAGGCAGUAGAACUGGCGGAGAGCGUGCGCUGUGCGCGUGCGGGUGCCGCUAGUACUACGGUGGUCCACGGGCAGCAGGCGCCGGUCUUCAAGAUCUCCAAUCAAGGAAACAGUGCUAAAAUCGUUAGUGCCGGUAAAAUAAAGUGUACAGUGUGCGGUCGUAAUAAUCACGAGUCAUCCCAGUGUCGAUUUGCAAGCUAUAAAUGCAAUAAGUGUAACACCAAGGGUCACCUGCGUAAAGUUUGUAAUAAGGUGAAUUACGUGUCAGCGGGUGAUGUGAGCGGGGAUGACGACGACGGUAAGUCAUUGUUUAACAUACGCUCAGUCCGUGGGGAACCAAUGACGGAAUCAGUUUCAAUUUAUGGGAAGAAUUUAAAAUUUCAAAUAGAUAGUGGAUCAGCGGUGACGGUUAUAUCCGAAAGUACGUAUAAAAACAUGUUCAGUAAUGUUCCGUUGCUAGAUUCAAAUAAAAGUUUUUUUAGUUACACUGGCAAUAUUAUACAUUGUGUUGGAUACGUAAACUUGCCAGUGACGUACAUGCAACACACUCACUCACUGGAUGUAUACGUCAUCCGUAACGGCGGACCACCGUUAUUAGGCCGAGAUUUUAUAUCAAAAUUUAAACUUAAUCUGACGCCUUGUCACUUUCUGAGAGGUCAGAGUAUGGUGGACCAGUUGCAAUUAAGAUUCCCAGAACUAUUUUCUGAUAAGCUUGGUACCUUUAAUAAAUAUCGUGUUAAAUUAAAAUUAAAGGAUAAUGUGAAACCGAUAUUCUGUAAAGCGCGUCCAAUUGCGUUCGCGUUGCGUGAUAGGGUGGACAAAGAGUUAACACGUUUAGUUGAUCUAGGUGUCCUGAAACCGGUAUCGCACUCUGAGUACGCGUCACCUAUUGUUCCCGUGCUGAAGCACAACGGCUCGGUUAGGUUGUGCGCCGACUAUUCGGUUACUAUUAACAAACAGCUAUUGAUAGAACAAUAUCCUUUACCCACGGUACAUGAACUGUUUUCAAGACUGUACGGAGGUCAACAGUUCUCAAAAAUCGAUUUGUCUAUGGCCUAUAAUCAGUUUGUGUUAGACGAAGAGUCCCAACCAGUUACAUGUAUUAAUACACAUCGAGGUCUAUUUAAUUAUACUCGACUAGUUUUUGGGUUGUCUAGCGCCCCGUCUAUAUUCCAACGCGCUAUGGAAACAAUACUUUCGGGACUAGACGGUGUCUUAUGUUUGCUUGACGACAUUUUAGUCACUGACCAAACCCCUGAGAGGCAUUUGAAGAAGUUGAACAUAGUUCUGCAAAGGCUUCAGGAUGCGGGGUUAACAGUGCAAAAAGAAAAAUGUGAAUUUUUUAAAAAUGAAAUUAAAUAUUUAGGUUAUAUAAUAACCAAGGACGGGUUACAGAAAGACCCUGCAAAGGUUAAAGCUAUAGCUGAGGCGCCUGUUCCUUCCGAUAUUAAUACCCUACAGUCAUUUUUAGGACUGGUAAAUUACUACAGAAAUUUUGUGGCUGGGGCAUCCUGUAUCCUGAGUCCUUUGUAUGAACUAUUAAAAAAAGGAGUAAAGUGGAACUGGUCUACGUUACAUCAACAUGCAUUUGAUAAAAUUAAGAAAUGUUUAACGUCUGAUCAGGUUCUAACACACUUUAACCCAAAUGCCAAAGUAGUGUUAACUGUGGAUGCGUCUCCGAAUGGCUUAGGAGGUAUUUUGUCUCAAAUAGAUAAGGACGGGUUAGAGCGCCCAGUAGCAUUCGCUUCCCGCACAUUGAACGCGGCUGAGAAAAAUUAUUCACAAAUACAGAAGGAAGCGACUGCAAUAAUAUUUGGUAUACGUCGGUUCCAUCAGUACUUAUACGGGAGAUCAGAUCCUUUUAUAUUACGCACGGAUCAUAAGCCAUUAAUAUCUAUCUUUGGUCCUCAUAAAGGUAUACCAGAGGUAUCCGCUAACAGAUUGCAGAGAUAUGCGAUGUUUUUAGGGGCAUAUAAUUACGUAAUUGAGUAUGUUCGUAGUGCUGAUAACAACGCGGAUUACCUUUCUCGGGCAAGUUUGCAGUGUGAGUCAGGACGUGAUCGUGCCAUGAGCGAGGGAGACAACAUCGGCGUACACGCCGCCGCGGCCGCCGCCCCCAUUGAUCGAGCAUCAUAUGUCAACUUUGUUGUCGAAGGCGACAUGCCGUUGACUUUGAAGGAGUUACGUAAUGCCACUAAUGAGGAUACGGUUUUACAGUUAGUUGUGAAAUAUGUUCAAAACGGUUGGCCUAACAAAUUAGUGAACUCACAGUUAAAACCAUAUCAUUUGUGUAAGACACAAUUGUCCUACGAAGAUGGUUGUUUGAUGAGGGGCCACAAGGUGGUACUUCCCGAAGCAUUGCGAUCGAAGGUUUUAGCAGAGUUACAUACUUCACAUUUAGGCAUGGUAAAAACGAAAUCAGAAGCUAGGUCACGGUUUUGGUUCCCAGGCAUUGAUGCGGCGCUGGAAAGAAUGAUACAUUCGUGUGAAAUAUGCAAACAGCUACGGCCGUCGCCGCCCCGGGCACCCCUAGCACCUUGGAAGUUUCCACUUACACCAUUUCAUAGAUUACAUAUAGACUUCCUCGGCCCGUUGAAUAAUCAAAUGUUCUUGGUAGUGGUAGAUGCUCACACUAAAUGGUUAGAAGUGUACGACGUGAGCAACUCUACCGCUUCGGCGACUGUUGUUGAAAAACUCUACGAUUUUAUGUCUAAAUAUGGAUUACCUCACGUAAUUGUUAGCGAUAACGGUACUGCGUUCACAUCCGCUGAAUUCACAAAAUUUUGUUUAUUAAAUGGGAUUACUCAUCUUACAUCACCCCCUUACAACCCUGCUAGUAAUGGACAAGCAGAAAGCUUCGUAAAAAUUGUAAAGAAGGGUAUAAAAUCAAGUAUUUUAGGUUCUCGCAGUAGGAAUGAGUGUAAAUUAAAAUUGUUAAAGUAUUUGUUCGAUUAUAGAAACUCGGUGCAUUCCGUCACGGGCUUCUCACCCGCUGAGUUAGUGUUUGGGCGAAAACUCAGAACACGUCUGGAUUUAAUCCACCCAAAGUUAACGUCUACCCCACUCACAUCACUAAUUAACGAUGUUAAUAAAAAGCAGUGCUCGCAAAUUAAGUACUAUGGUGGUAAUAACAAACAUGUGUAUGAACCGGGAGAUGAAGUCAUGUUUAAAAAAUAUAUGAACAAUUCUAAAUAUAUGUGGUGCAAAGGUACCAUUAUUAGAAGACUCGGUAAAGUGUUGUAUUUGAUCAAAGACCACAUAACUUCAACAGAUGUCAAAAAGCAUAAAAAUCAAAUAGUUGUGUAUAAAGGUAUAUCUCAACCAGUAGAUUUAGAUGAUGUAUUGUUAGACGACGAACCCAGGGACUCUCAGUUGCUUGAUAGUGGGGAGAGAGGAAGGAACGAGGUGGAAUUGUCAUCCUCAACUUCUCCCCAAGAUAUGAGAUGUUCCAGCAAACUGUUGCGGGACAUACCCAGGGUUGAUUACAAGCAGUUCUUUUAAGAUUUAGUUGUAUUUUUCUAUUAGUGCAUUUAAUAAGGGGAGGGAUUGUUGUGUAUCUGUGGUAUACUCUAUGGUCAUAGUAUAGUCUAUGGUGAUAGAUUAUCUAUGUGCGUGGCG